GGCGCCAUGAGCCUCCCGUUCCUUCCGGGCAACACGUUCAACGACCCUUGCCGCCAGUCGUACGCACGGUCACAGACGCUUCAGUACAACAACGGAUAUGCUGUCCCUGCCACCCUCGGCACCACUCCUGCUGCUAUGGGGCUGGAUGACGAUGCUCUCGAGUCUUACGCAGGCUCUGACCCCAUGCUGACCUACGGGGCUGACUUUGCCGCCACUCGCAAGGCCGCCCAGGUUCAGCCGUUUGUGCCGGCCUACGUCAAGCUCGACAAGGUCGUCCUUCGUUUCGGUGCCUACUUUCAGGAGGCCGUGCCCGAGUCGCCGGACGAGACGUAUCGUGUCCGGCGAGUCACUCUCUCAGUUUUUGUGGAGGACGACUCGGUUCAGAUCGAUGAGGCCAAGACGCCCAACUCGGGCCUGGUCCAGGGUGUCCUGCUCAAGCGCCAACUGGUGCCCAAGCCCGACGGCUCGCUCUACACCCUCGACGACUUUAACGUCGGCCUCCUUGUGCCCAUCUACGGCCGCACGUACAAGAUCACCUCGGCCGAUGACUACACUCGCAAGUUCCUCGCCGAGCGCGGCGUCGCUGUUGCCGACGAUCUCCCGCAGCCGCGCAACCCGUACGACGACAAGCGUGCCGCCGCCGCCGCCCUCGUCCACACCCAUACACCUGACAUUGAGAACGACAAGCUCGCCAAGUUCCUCGCUCACGACCGCCAGGUCCUUCGUUUCUUCUGUGUCUGGGACGACCGCGACAAGUACUCCAAGCAGCUCCGCCCGUUCAAUGUCCACUUCUUCCUCGCCGACGACACCGUCGAGGUUCGCGAAGUCCGCACCAACAACGACGGCCGCGAUCCAUUCCCACUCCUCCUCAACCGCAACAAGCUUCCCAUCCACCACGACAAGCUGCCGGCGCCCGGCGACCCGCCGCCAGCCUUCUACAACGCGCGCGACUUUUUCAUCGGCAUGACUCUCAACGUCUUUGGCCGCCCUUUCCUCGUCUACGACUGCGACGGCUUUACGCGCAAGUUUUACGCAGACGUCUUUGGCCGCGCCAUGGAGCCCAUCACUCUCACCCAGUCGGCCCCGCCGCCGCCCGUCGUCGAAGUCCCGCCACACACCGGGUUCGGCACGCAAGCAGACUCGCUCGGCUCCGUCAACCGCCUGGCCCCGGCCCCGCCCCGCCGCGACUACGUCAAGCUUGCCAAGAACGAGGGUAAGGUCCUCCGCUUUGAGGCCUCCAUGAUCACCACCGCCACUGUCGACCUUAACCGCAAGUUCAUCGUCUCCUACUUUCUGGCAGACGACACCAUGUCUGUCUUUGAGCCUCCCGUCCGCAACUCGGGCAUCCUCGGCGGCAAGUUCCUUGACCGCACCCGCUGCACCUACCCAGGCACAGACACCGUCUACGAGCCGCAGGACCUGUACAUCGGUGCCACUGUCGACCUCUACGGCCACAAGUUUGUCCUCACAAACGCCGACGAGUACGCACUCUCCUACAUGGAGCAGCGUCCGCACCUCUACCCGCGCGCAAACAUCCAGCUCAUCAAGGCCAAGCUUGCCUCGGGCCUCGACGACUUUGUCAACGCUGCCACCAUUCACGCCUCGGCCUCUCCCGACGGCCUCGUCUCCGCUGACGAGUUCCAGGACGCCUGCUUUGCCACCGGCGUGCCCGACCUUGUUGGCCACGAGGUCCUCUCGCUCAUGCGCGCCAUCGACUCGGACGCCUCGGGCCGCUUUGACAUCAUGGCUCUUGUCGACGAGCUCUCGGCCUCCUCUUCGCGUGCCGAUUGAUCCAUUGAACUUGCGCCAGUCUGCC